AUGAGGACGUUUAUGAUGCUGCUUCUUUACUGGACAGCGUCUGUGUCUGCAGUGAAGCACUCUCUGAAGUAUUUCUACACUGCUUCCUCUCAAGUCCCAAACUUCCCAGAGUUCGUGGUUGUUGGGAUGGUUGAUGACGUUCAGAUGGUUCAGUUUGACAGCAACACCAUGAAAACUGUGUCCAAACAGGACUGGAUGAACAGAACUAUAGAUGAGCAGUACUGGGAGAGAGAGACUGGGGGCUUUGUAAGUGCCCAGCAGGUGUUCAAAGCCAACAUUGAAAUUGCAAAGCAGCGCUUCAACCAAACGGGAGGUGUUCACAUUGUCCAGCGGAUGUACGGCUGCGAAUGGGACGAUGCGACGAAUGAGGUGGACGGAUAUGAGCAGUUUGGUUAUGAUGGAGAAGACUUCAUAAUAUUUGACCUGCAGACAGAGACGUGGGUCGCUCCACAACGACAGGCGAUCAUCACCAAACACAAGUGGGACAGUAACAAAGCUUUUAUAACCAGUGUGAAGAACUAUUACACUCAGAUUUGUCCUGAGUGGCUGAAGAAGUAUGUGAACUAUGGGAGGAGCUCUUUAAUGAGAACAGUUCUUCCCUCAGUGUCUCUCCUUCAGAAGUAUUCCUCCUCUGCCAUCAGCUGCCACGCUACAGGUUUCUACCCUGACAGAGCCGUGAUGAUGUGGAGGAAAGAUGGAGAGGAGACUCAUGAGGGUGUGGAGAUAGGAGAGAUCCUCACCAACAAUGAUGGGACCUUCCAGAUGAGUGUUAACCUGGAUCUGAGAUCUGUUCCAGCUGAAGACUGGAGGAGGUACGACUGUGUGUUUCAGUUCUCUGGUAUCAACGAAAACGUCACCACCACACUGGAUAAAACAGCCAUCAGAACAAAUGAAGCCUCGACUGAUGUGCCCAACAUCACGAUCGGCCCCACCUCCAGCCCCACUGCUGUCUCCAUCAGCGUCCCCAUUGUCACUGCUGCUCUUGUUCUCGCUGUCGUUGCACUAAUCGGAUUCAUUAUUUACAAAAAGAAAACUGCUAAAUCUUCUAAACUAUACAUGAAGACUUCACCUGAAGAUGAUCCUGAAAGGAGCCCUUCAGAUUCAAAACCUUCUUCAGACAUAACCAUCAAAACUGAGCUGAUGACAAAGUAAUUCUGACAAAGAGUGAAAUCUGGAACAAAGGAGACACUUUGAUCAGGUGGACUAACUUCACUUCAUGAGGAUUCUGCAUCACUGAACUCCUGAGAAAACAUUUCUACUGUGAUGGACAUUUUUUUAUUUCAGCCAGGACACAACUCUCCUGACACAACUGUCCUGGCUGGGGUGGCUGUAGCUCAGGAGGUAGAGCACGUCACCUACUGAUUGGAAGGUUGGUGGUUCGAUCC